AUGGAGCCUGUGAUGAGUUUGGCGCUAGCAGCGCACGGGCCGCCCAGCAUACUGGAGCCGUUGUUUAAAACCGUAACUACGAGCACCACGACGACGACGACGAGCACAACGACCACCACAACGACCCUGGCGCCCAGCACAACGCUGCUGACGGCACUGCUGGAGAAUCUGACGACGACGGCGAGCGGUCUGUUCGAAGGAGAUGCCUCCACCAUGUCUGGCAAUCACACGAACAGCACGCUCGCCUAUGAGCCGAAGGGUCCGCGAUACUCACUAGCUUCAAUGUUGGUCAUGGGCUUCGUAGCAGCGAUUCUGAGCACGGUAACAGUGGCGGGCAAUGUCAUGGUCAUGAUUUCGUUCAAGAUUGAUAAACAGCUGCAAACGAUAAGCAACUACUUCCUCUUCUCGUUGGCCAUUGCCGACUUUGCAAUUGGGGCCAUAUCCAUGCCGCUGUUUGCGGUCACAACCAUCUUAGGCUACUGGCCGCUGGGACCACACGUGUGUGACACGUGGUUGGCCUUGGACUAUCUGGCAUCGAACGCCUCGGUGCUGAACCUCCUGAUCAUUAGUUUUGAUCGUUACUUCAGCGUGACGCGUCCGCUGACAUAUCGUGCGAAACGUACGACCAACAAGGCGGCUGUCAUGAUUGGUGCCGCCUGGGGUAUCAGCCUACUUCUGUGGCCGCCCUGGAUCUACAGCUGGCCCUACAUUGAGGGCAAGCGGACUGUGCCGCAGGACGAGUGCUACAUUCAGUUCAUCGAAACAAAUCAAUACAUUACAUUUGGGACGGCCCUGGCGGCCUUCUAUUUUCCGGUCACAAUCAUGUGUUUUCUUUACUAUCGCAUCUGGCGCGAGACGAAGAAGCGACAGAAGGAUCUGCCCAAUUUGCAGGCAGGAAAGAAGGACUCGUCGAAGCGUUCCAAUUCCAGUGACGAGAACACCGUGGUCAACCAUGCGACUGGAAUGCUGGCCUUUGCCCAGCUCGGCGCCAAUGAUCACGACACCUGGCGACGGCCGCGCUCCGAGAGCUCAGCGGAUGCAGAAAGCGUGUAUAUGACCAAUAUGGUCAUAGAUUCAGGCUAUCAAGGCAUGCAUUCGCGCAAAUCUAGCAUCAAAAGCACCAAUACAAUCAAAAAGCCAUACUCGUGCUUUGGCAGCAUCAAGGAGUGGUGCAUUGCGUGGUGGCAUUCCGGGCGCGAGGACUCGGACGAUUUUGCGUACGAGCAGGAGGAGCCUUCUGAUUUAGGGUAUGCAACACCUGUAACAAUUGAAACUCCUUUACAAAGCUCCGUCUCCAGAUGCACUUCGAUGAACGUGAUGCGGGACAAUUACUCGAUGGGCGGGAGCGUGAGCGGCGUACGCCCGCCCAGCAUCAUGCUGCCGGAUGUCUCACCGACUCCCCUACGUCCGCCACACAAUUCCAUUUCUCAAAUGCAGGAAAUGAAUACAGUGGUCGCUGCAGGAAGUAUCGCCUCGGGCUCAGCCUCAGCGGCCGUUGUGGGUAGUGGAAACAUCAGCUCCGCAGCCGGAGCACGGGACACACGAACGCUGCCCAUUGCCAAUCGCAUUGGCUCGCGGUCGGUGAGCCAGGACUCGGUAUAUACAAUACUCAUACGUCUACCCUCGGAUGGUGCGAGUGCGGCAAACGGAGGCAGCGGUCAUGGCGAAGGUGCGCCCUCCAUCAAGAUGAUACACGAGGAUGUGGCAACGGGAGCGACAGCACCCAUCGCUGCUCCCCCUACUCGGCGCCCGCUGCCGUCAAGGGACUCAGAGUAUAGCCUUCCGCUGGGCCGGCGGAUGUCGCAUGCGCCGCACGAUGUGCGCAUCCCACUGAAUGCCAAGGUCAUCCCCAAGCAGCUGGGGAAGCCAGGCCAUGCCGUGCUGAAUGCCCGAAACACGGCCAAAAAAAAGAAGAAGUCGCAGGAGAAGCGGCAAGAGUCCAAGGCGGCGAAGACGCUGUCGGCCAUUCUGCUGAGCUUCAUCAUUACGUGGACUCCAUACAACAUUCUGGUGCUGAUCAAGCCUCUCACCACCUGUUCCGACUGCAUACCCACGGAGCUGUGGGACUUCUUCUAUGCUCUGUGCUAUAUCAACUCUACGAUAAAUCCCAUGUGCUACGCACUGUGCAAUGCCAGCUUCCGACGCACCUACAUCCGCAUCCUCACCUGCAAGUGGCACACCCGAAACCGUGAGGGCAUGGUCCGGGGGGUCUAUAACUAAGUUGUGAAAGUCAUACACCACGUCUAUGCCGAGCACGAAGCAUUUGGAGCGCUCCAGCCCACUCGAGUUGGAAGUAUACCUAUACAUACCUCUAAUACUUACAUUACUUGGUGGACUGGACAGAUGUUCAGAUUUAGCGACUUACAUAAGGUCGGGGUCCUGAAGUCUGGUGCAGGUGUAGGCGUUUAUAUACAAUAGAUGUUAUGCAACAGUUGCAGAGAAAUAUAAGAAAAUUCAAAGAUUAGGCUUAGCUACACUUUACAAGAAGUACUGAUUUUUGAUGUCUAGCCCCAUAUAUAUGAUAGAUAAAUAUAUAAAGUACAGUACAUAUGCAAACAUGUAUGCCCACAUUUAGUUUUAGGUAGGCACGAGAAAAUCUCGCCCCUCAAAGCCCCCAUUGAGUUUGAGCGUACCAAGAGAAUUUAAUUGAAAUAUAAACACAUACAACAAAUUUGGAAUAUAUAGUAUACUAUGCUAAUAGAAUACAUAAUGCAAAUAUACUAUACAUAAAUAUUUAAGCUUAAGUUGUUGGCGUAUUUACAUUUAGUGGACAGAUGCAAGUGGCAAAACCAAGCAAAACCAAAACUAAAAAAGCUUUAACCAAGUUCAAAAUAUAUAGAGAUAAGGCCCGCAGGCAUCGAAUCUGUGGCGGACCCCAACACGUUGACGAAAUUGAAGAGGUUGCGUUUACGAUUUUCAUUUCCAGCUUAUGUGCUAGGUAUUUUUCAAAUGAAAUGUAUAAUCGAAUUACCAAAUUAAAGCUAAAACUAAAGCAAAAGUGUAAAUGUGAUUGUAUUACUCCUUUUGAUAGUUUAAAGCAUUUUUGUACAUGGGUGUCGCACGAAAGGAGCCCCCAUAAUGAGGUAUAUGAAAACAAUAUAUCGGAUAAAAAAUAUAAGAAUAAGAACACAAACCACAUAACUAUGCUAUUCAAGUUUGUAGAACUCGUAUACAUAUAGUAUAUACGGAUUAAGAACGUAACCCACCAUAGUUAAACUACUAACAACAAACCAUUUUUAUUGCUGUUGACUAAAUUUGAGAGAUAAUUAAAUACAAAAAAAAAAAUAUUUUAAACAUUGAGCAACAAGCAAACGGCCAACAAAUUGUGCCAAAAACAAUAUGCCAUAAAAGCGACAUGCAGGUGAGCAGAAUCUUCCGGUUGCGAAAUUAGUUACUAAUUGGAAUUUUGGAAAUGUGAUUGCAGAAGUACG